AUGGGAAUUAUAGUCUUCAUAUUUCUUAUUGAGCAAAGUGUUGCACUGGUUUCACCAAAGUACCUGUACCCGCUAGGUGGAGAUAGUUUUACUUACGAUGUCAUCAAUAACCAGGACGGAAUAAAUCCACAGUCAACAGAUUGCUUCACUGUUGGACCAAAUCAUCCUCAGCUUAGUUUUUCAGCCAUGUAUUUCGAUAUGAAUGUUAAUAAAUAUGCAGAUGUCAGGAUUCCGUCAGAUACCUCGAUUUCCGAUAUUGGUUUCACUGUUUUUUUCAAUGCCUUAGAUCCAUCGGGUUAUCUUUUUCAUUACCGUUCGGACAAUCAAGGAAAUAUCAACUUUAUAACAGAAAUGUAUGUUAAAAUAGAUAAUGGUCAAGUCAUUUCCAAAAUUGACAGCAGUAGUUAUUCAGCCUCUCCACUUGUGUUUCCUGUUGGAGCUAAUGGGCCUCAUACCAUCUCACUGAAUACAUGGAUUAUGAUAUCCUUUUCGAACUCCUACUCUGGCACAACAACACUUUAUGUCAACACGCUUGUGGAAGAUUACACACAUCCGUUUAAUUUUAGAUUGAAAACACCCGGGACAUUACGAUUCGGUGCAUCUCUGCUUUCACCGACUAAUGCAUUUCACGGAUUUAUGACAUGUGGUGCUCUUUAUAAUGUUGCAAGUGGUUUUGACAAUGUUGCUGAAAUUUUACAAUACUGUUCGGAAACAAAUUGGCCGAACUUACCCCCAAAGCCAACAUGUCAGAACUGGUAUGUAACAGUUUCAGUUCAUCACCUCUUUCCGUUGGAUGACGUGGCAUGGACAUCUGAUGUUCAUUUGAUGCUCCACAACAAUAACAACAAAUGUUUGAGAUCAGGAAAAACUCAUCCAAGUUUUGAUCACCGUGGUCUACGUUUUGAUGGCUCGUCAUAUUCCAGUUUAAAGCUAACAAUAAACAGUAGUGAUUUAUCAGGAGACUUUUCCCUUAUGACUUAUAUUUAUUUUCAGAACUUCUCGUCAGGAAAAAUAAUUCAAAUUCUAUCCUCAUCGGGAAACACUGUUCUAGAAUUAAUACACACAGGCACGGGUGUUUAUUUCGAAGCAUUUACAACAAGUUCUUCGUGUGCCCUUUCACAUAUCACUACAAAUAUCAAUUUCAAUUCGUGGAUUCUGUUGGGAAUACUGAGGGAAACAAACCAAUUACUGGUGUCGAUUGAUGACAGUAUUUUUCAUAUUCCUGAUACUUGCGGUUCAUUUGGAUUAUCUGGCAAUGCCUACAUUGAAAUAGGUAAUUCUGAGAGAGGGAGUAUUGGAUUUCGUGGUAGCAUGAGAUGUCUUGUUCUUUUCAACGAAUUACUCGAUACUAAUGUUGGAAGUACUAUGAAACAUUAUUGUACAUCAGCACAAUCGGAUGCUGUAGCAAAUGUUAUCAACAAUUGUGCUCUACAGCCUUUAUGUGAGAGAAAAUACCUGCUCUUAAGACAUAAUAUGAAGCCAGUAAACGCAUUUCAACAAUUAUCAUCUGGCAUCUUUCGUUCACUACCGGCUUGUGCAGCACAUUGUUUUACGCUUGCGGACUGUAGAUCAUUUACGUAUAAUAAUAGUCAAUGUGUAACAUAUGAUGAAGUCACAGCUGCCGGUUUGAUUAAUUCUCCUGGGGUACGGUAUUACAUCCUUGCUAUUUGA